UCAGCCAGCCAGCCUGUAAAGCUUUUGUGUGCUUUUUUAAUUAAUUUGAAUUAAAUACAUCUUUUAAAGGGUAAAAUUUAAGCAAUUUUGAGGAAAACGGUAUUUGCGUUCACCGUGAACCGGAAGUUAAAGUUAUUUACUCGUACCCGCUGCGAACAGACCGAAUGCGCUUGGAGGCGAUAACGGUCAGUCCGUGCCACCCUCUCCGUCCAAGGACAAGGAUAUUUUGAUCACACAGCGAAGAUCUGAUGGUGUGUCGAAGCCGCUUGCAGAGGGAGGCGAUAGAUUACCUUUUAACGGCGCCUAUUGAAUUAAUCGUGGUAAUUUAUCUGGCGCGGAUAACGGGACAGAAUGUGCGUGUGUGAUGCGGCCGAGCGCGCGCGCAGCGCCGCUGCAGUAUCCGAGCACAGGCGCGUGAGUCCUUGGCCGCAGGUCGACCGUCGCUUCAUUGUGUUGUUUUGGUGAAUAUGUGUCGAAUAGAACAUGAAAAUGUUGCUGUAAACUCAAAGAGCGUGCUUAUAUAUAGUUGUUGUAGCGCAUAUAUGGUUAUAGGUGUCUGUUAAGGGGUUUUAUAUACGAGCCUGCGCAGAAUGUCUGCGUCUAUACAGCGCUUAUAAACGAGUCGGAUAGCCGCUGCCCGUCAGGAUGUCAACCGGUGCUGGAGGAGGCCUCGCACCCACGAAACCGUUCCCGUUCUUGUGUGGGGAGACUACUCAGGGUUUGAAAUCUAAGAGCCUCCCCAUGCUCAGCGACAGUCAGGCUCCGGAGCAGGACGCGGAUCAGACUCUGCUCUCUGCCCCGCACAGCUCGCCCCGAUGCGGAUCCCCCGUCAGGACAGAGUGUCGUGAGCCGGAGGGUCGCGGCAUUGCUGCGUUCUUUACAUUCCGGCUGCCGCCGGUGCCGGUGAGGCGCUAUGUGGACGGGAUCCUGUCGGACUCGCGCUGCUUUCUGUUCUGCAUGUGUUACCUCACCUUUAUUCAGUCUCUGAUGGUGUCCGGUUAUCUCAGCAGUGUCAUCACCACCAUAGAAAAGCGGUACAGUCUGCGGAGCUCAGAGUCGGGUCUUCUGGUCAGCUGUUUUGACAUCGGUAGUCUCCUCAUUGUGGUCUUCAUCAGCUACUUUGGUGGGCGGGGUCAGAGGCCGCGUUGGCUGGCAGUAGGGGGUGUGUUCAUUGCCGUGGGUGCCGCCCUCUUCUCCCUACCUCACUUUAUCUCUCCGCCAUAUCAGCUGGAAGAGCUGAACAGCACAGUAGGAGGAGAAGGGCUCUGUGCCAGUGGAAAUGGCAGUGUACAGGAGAAGCCGACACUGUCCAGGUGCCAGCGGGACAGGGAGGAGAGUGAGCACGCCCUGUAUGUGGCGCUUUUCAUCUGCGCUCAGAUCCUUGUGGGAAUGGGAUCUACUCCCAUAUACACCCUUGGACCAACUUACCUGGAUGACAAUGUGAAGAAGGAGAAUGCAUCCCUGUACCUGGCUAUCAUGUAUGUAAUGGGAGCUCUUGGACCAGCCGCUGGAUAUCUGCUGGGUGGGAUUCUGAUCGGAUUCUAUGUUGACCCCGGUACCAUUGUCAAUAUUGACCAGAGUGACCCACGGUUUGUAGGAAACUGGUGGAGUGGGUUUCUCCUGUGUGCCGUGGCAAUGUUGUUGGUGAUCUUCCCCAUGUUUUCCUUCCCUAAAAAACUUCCACCACGGCACAAGAAGAGUAAAAGACAUGUAAAAAAGGGUGUAGGCGAUGUCUCCAGCGAUGAUGAGAUGAUGAAGGAAAAGAGCCAGGCUGUCUCAUCCUCCAUGGGUUUUGGCAAAAAUAUCAAAGAUUUGCCAAAAGCAGCAGUGCGUAUAUUGAGUAACGUGACGUUUUUAUUCGUGAGUUUGUCAUAUACGGCGGAAUGUGCCAUUGUCACAGCCUUCAUCACUUUCAUUCCCAAAUUUAUUGAAUCUCAAUUUGGUGUUCCAGCAUCUAAUGCCAGUAUAUACACAGGUCUGAUCAUCGUACCCAGUGCAGGUGUUGGUAUUGUUUUAGGUGGGUACAUCAUUAAGAAACUAAAGUUGGGUGAAAGAGAAGCAGCAAAGCUGGCCAUGAUCUCCAGCGGUGUAUCUUUGCUAUGCUUUUCCACUCUCUUCAUUGUUGGCUGCGAGAGCAUCAACCUAGGUGGAAUCAAUAUCCCUUACACCACCGGGCCAACUCUGACUCUGUCUCACCGAAACUUGACAGGAAGCUGUAACGUCAACUGUGGCUGUAGGAUUCAUGAAUAUGCACCUGUCUGUGGCUCUGAUGGCAUUACUUACUUUAACCCGUGUCUGGCUGGCUGCAGCAACAUCGCCAACCAAACCUCAGGAAUCAGAAACUAUUCGGACUGCGCAUGCGUUCAGAGCAGACAGGUGAUCACUCCGUCAGGAGGAAACCACGAGCUGCAGGUGGUGAUUGUGAAGACGUACCUGAACGAGAACGGUUACGCACUUGCAGGAAAGUGUGAGCGGACAUGUGGAACGCUCAUCACCUUCCUCAUCUUUCUCUUCAUCGUCACUCUCAUAACCGCCUGUGGCCAGCCGUCCGUCAUCAUCGUGACGCUCAGGUCUGUGGAGGAAGAGGACAGGCCGUUUGCUCUGGGAAUGCAGUUUGUUCUUCUCAGGACUCUUGCCUACAUCCCCACUCCUAUCUAUUUUGGAGCUGUGAUUGACACCACCUGUAUGCUGUGGCAGCAGGAUUGUGGUUUCCAUGGGUCCUGCUGGGAGUACGAUGUCACUUCCCUCCGUUUUGUUUACUUUGGGCUGGCGGCGAGCUUGAAGUUCCUGGGCUUCCUGUUCAUUUUCCUCACCUGGUAUUCGCUGAAGCAGUGCGAGGAGCAGACCCACACACACACACUUUCCCCGCUUGACACGGUGAGCCACCUCAUCUGUCACGCUGGAGGUCACAAAGGCCACGCCCGCACACGCUCCUGUCCUGUUUUCCUGCCACGCCCACCAGAACACCCUCAUGCUGCCAUGACAACUGGACACGCCCUUAGCCGUGGUAACAGUUGCCCUGGCAAUGGCCUGAAAGCAAUAACGCCCCCCAUACGGUCACUUGAAAAAGUGGCGGUGUGAGGAUUGCAGCCAUGCGCACACACACACACACACUUGUUCAUAUGCAUGCAAACAUCAUACAAUUAUGAGGGCCGAUUAUGUAAAUGGAAACGUACCACACCGCUUAUAGCAAUUGCUGGGGCCUUUUUUUUUUUUUCUUUUUUUUUUAACACACACACAUACUCCAUAGACACAUUACCGCUGAAUUUGUGUGAAGCACUGAUUAGUAAUAAAACUUCUUUGACACAAUACCUCAACAGGACAAAUACCUCUGUUCAACAUCACAUACAAAUGCAAACAUACGCUAACACAUAUUACAUGGUCAUCUCAUCUAGUUACCCAUAUUAUUAGUUGUGCACAUACUAUUUUGCUUCUCCUGUACAGCAGACAGAUAUUUGUACUUGUUUACCUCAUUGAUUCAUCCAUUCAUUUUUUAACAGUGAUAGGAAAGAGACUGCAAAAUUGCCUAUGUUCCAUUGCAUUGACUCCUUCUGAAUCUCAUUAACUACUUCCAAACGUCAAACCCCUCCCCUAAAACAGAUUCUCUUCCCAUGCCCAGAGUGUAAACUCCUCCCUCUGCAAAACAACCCCGAUGCCAACCAUUUUUUCCACACCCAUACUAUAAACUCCUCCCACAGUUCGAUCCUUUGGUGUGUUUGACUUAAAGCAACACUGUGCAGAUUGAUCUGUGAAUGACAUCAAAGUACCACGAGAGCUAUAGAGAACAGACGGCUACCUAUGCUUUGAAAUCACUCUUAUGGUACUUUGAUGUCAUUCACAGAUCGUUCUGAACAGCGCCGCUUCAAGUCAAACACACCUUUAGGCUUGUUCAAGAUGCAUCGGUGCUGUUCAGACCAACCGGCGUAUGACAUCAAACUCCCGCAAGUGUUAUUCGAGCGUAGACGACUCUCAUCUCAUCUCAAGCAUCUCAAAUAAGCCUUUUAUCAUGUUGGUCCCUCCCAAACUUUAAUCCCCUCCCUUAAACAACCUCCCCACCAACUCUUUUGGCCACACCCAGACUGCAGACUCCUCCAACAGUACUGACCACUCCAGAAUCAUAAUAGCCCCUCCCAAACUUUAAAAACCCCUCCCCUAAAACAGCCUCUCUACUGACUAUAUUGACCACUUCUGGAGUGUAGGCUCCCCCCAUAGUACCGACCCCACAUAAGCUGUGGCCCCUCCCAACUUCAAACUCCUCCCCUAAAACAACCUCCCUGCCAACAAUUGAAGUCACACCCACAAUGUAAGCUGCUGUACUGACUCCUCCUGAACUGUUUUGCAACAGUUGGUAAAGUGCACACAUCUGUUAAGCUCUCUGUUUCUCUUUUUUUUUCUGUAACGUCUGACCUUUUUUCUAUCAUAUCAGUAUUUGAAAUGUUUCCUUUUGUUGGUUUUGAUCGCAAACAGUUAUCUUAGUAAAUAACAAACACAAAAAUAACACAUAUACUAUAUAGGAGACAAGUCAUCUCAUGUUCACACACAUCAUGUAUACUCCUGAAGACAUGCUCUUUCGUCCUUGUAGAUGGCGUUCUGUUUGCGCUGACAUUGAGCCAGUAUUAGUGGUGUUGAUGGCAAUGCAAUUGACGACUGUCAACACCAGUUCCGAGCAGAAAUCUGCUUAACUCCUGAUCGUUUUCAGUAGAAACAGAGCAGAAUACACACAAGUACUGAACCACUGCUGAGGAAACUGUGUGUUUCAUUUGCCUCUCCCUCUUUUCCCAACCCUUCUUAUGUUACUGUGCACUGUUUGCGAACAGAAGACACAUUGAUACAAUUAUUUAUUUCAAAUUACUUGAAGGUUUGGCUAAUCAGAGGCAAACCUGUAGAAAAUCUAUAUUAAUUGUUUUAGUUUACUUAUACAUGAUUUGUGUCAAUAAAAUCCCCAAAUAAAAUUAUUUUAAUUUUGU